UCGGGCCCGACGAUGAGACAUCUACUGUAUUAGAUACCUAAAUCUCGACACAAGUACCUACUUGUCUACCCACCUGUCUGUCCAUACGUAUAUGUCGAAUAUUCUAUAGAUAUCUAGCGCUCUUCCUCCUAUGCCAUAACUUGGAGAAGUAUAAUGCGCCUCCUCCUGCAACCUCAGGAAAGGCCCUUGCCUACCGUUCUUCUGCGCGCCGAGUUAUUGUGGGCAGCUCGCAAUCUGGUGACUGCCCACCACGUGUGGAGAGAAUGAUUUGGUAUAUUCUCUAUCCUUUUAGAGGAACUACCGAAGCCCCCGUGCUUACCGAUACGCACCCCCUAUGUCGCGCUUUCGCUCGGUACGGAAGAUACGCUGCUAGUCAUGUCGUUACGACCUUAUUAAUAUCCGUUGCCGUUGCCGCCGUCCUUGUGUAUCCUUUCCCUUUCCUCUAUACCACCGAUUUCACCAAUGGCGCGUCCUCUCUUCCCGAACAUGCCUGGACCGAUACUCUCCCCCUACACGACAGGAAUAGGGCCGAACCUGACGUUAUUAUGCGUUCGAUCUGGGUCCACGGCGACUAUUUCCAGGCUCUUAAUAGAAACGUUUUGCUCAGCGCUCUAGAACUUCAAGACGAACUCCUUGGUCCCACAGUCAACUUCGAUCCGCGACGCCAUAUUGGCCAUGAUACUCACUCUCAAAAUGCUACGACUACGGAUCUUACGCCGAGUCAACGUGACGCCUAUCAUAUCGUAAAUGGCCUGACUAACGAGUCCUGGUUCUUCCAGUCUCCGCUAAUGUAUUGGUCGUGCUCUGCAGAGAACAUAGAACAGGAUGACGAUAUCAUUGAGACGGCAAACGAGAGAAAAUCCCAACCAACAUCGGUCAAUGUGACCUUGAGGCAUUCGACCGUCUUUAGUGGGAAGCGCUUUCAAGAUCGUCGGCUUGUCGCUGCUGAUGCACUUGUCAUUACUCUCAUUCACCUCCGAGACUCUCCGGUUGGUCGUCUAUGGCAGGAGAGGGUAAAGGCUCUCAAGUAUGAAAUGACUGAUUAUUGGGAUAUAUUUGAGUACUCUCCGAGCGGCAGGACUAGCGAAUUAUAUGAAUUUAAGUUUCGUCCCAUAUCGUCUCAAGACGUCAUCGUUUUAGGAGUCCCCUAUUCGGUCCUUCUCAUUUACUUCUUGGCAACCUUGUCCAAUUUACGGGCUGUUAAGUCGAAAAUGGGAUUGAUGGUCACGGUUAUGGCUCAAAUCGUUCUCGCCAUACUAUCGAGCUUUACCAUAUGCGCUAUACUUAAGAUCGAUCUAUCGAGACUUCCACGUUUGGGAUAUCCAGUCGUCAUUUUCUGUAUGAGCCUUGAAAACAUCCAUCGGCUCAUUAACGCUGUCAUUCUCACGCCGUCUGAAAAUAGUACCAGCAAUAGGGUUGGUCAGGCUUUUGGUGAGACAGGCCACGUCGCACUGGCCAGUGUGGCCCAGAAUGUACUCCUCUUAUACUGCUUUUCAAAAAUCGUAUCCCCCGGUGUUUCGGCAUUUUGUACCUUCGCAGCCAUCGCACUGAUGUUUGACUUCUUCUAUCUAUCCACGUUCUUCCUCUCAGUACUCAGUGUCGAUGUUCGACGAACUGAGCUUAGUGAUGCACUUGCGAAAGCGUCAAUUCGAGAUCAAAGCUCUGCUUCUGGCUCUAACCCACGUCAAACAUGGAUAGACGCGAUGCUACAGGGCAAAAUCGCUAUGUCAACACGCAUUGCAGGGACUAUUGUCAUGGUGGGCUUCGUCCUCCUUGCUCAAUGGCAUUUCUGGGAGAAUGAAGGCGUAGUUAAAUUACUUAGUCGGAUCAUUCGCAUUUCUCCCAAAUACAAGGAUCUAUCACCGGCUUCAUCCCUAUCUGAAGUUCAUCAGGGUAGGAGCCCAGCAUCGUGGCUAGGUCUUCAAGAUCACGAGACAGCUCGAGAACUUAUUCAUGCUGUUAAGCCCGGUGCCCAUAGCUACAUUGCAAGAGUCUAUCACCCUACAGUAUUUGUGCUCAAGGGAUCAGAUCGAGGUCUUUCCGCCAACGAGCCGUGGUUUACACCCGCCGUAUAUGAUUUUGUACGCCAUCAAUCGGCACCUUUUCUGCUGACGGUACUUAUUGUUGCAGCGGCAGUUCGUCUACUAAUGAAUUAUCUACUGUGGGACGAAUUAGCAGAUUCCUCGCGAGGUGGCCCAGAUGGGGACACUCUCCUCUCUGUUAAGACUUUGAACAUAGGUCAUUCCUUAGAUGUCGCUUUGAUCUCAGCCUGCUCUGAUGGCCACCUUGUGUCUAUAGGGUUAGACAGAAUUGUCAGAGUCUGGGAUAUCAAAGCCGGAGGUAAGAGUUAUGUGUUGGGCGAAAAUGCGGAUUCUUACAUCAUCCCGUUUCCAGUCCUAGCUAUGUGCAUCGAUGAAGAGUCUCACUGGCUUGCACUCUUAACUUCUGACAAAGUUCUACUCUGGGAUCUCGUUGAGCUACGGUGGGGUCUUCCUAUUAGGGCAGAGCCGGAUCGACAUAAACCGGAAGCCUUCUUCUUUGUCGCUGACGAUUCCAUGGCCAUUCCCCCUCUGAUCCUUAUCCGACGGGGCGGUGUCAUCACAGAGCUUAGGGUUGACCAAGCAGUACCCAAUAACUACAUAUUUGCUAAGGAGAGCUCGAUCGUCUCCGUUGGCUUUCUUACAGAAAAGGGGUUCCCUGCUCAAGUGAUGGCUUCAACUCGCGAGGGUCAAGUACGCCUCGCCACCCAAGAGGGAUCCAGCUGGACUACCGAAAUAGUAGAGGUGGGCAAUUCCAAGGACCGCGGAUCUAUCUCGAUUCAAGCCUUGCCGGAGUUGGGCUUCUUCCUCAUUGUUCGGUCCCGGACUGUGGACUUAGUAGAUGCGCAGACGCUCAGGGCAAUCUAUACUUUCAAGGUGGAUCCAAUCCAACCGAAAAGCUUGAAAUGCUUCCAUUCGAGGCCACGGCGGAUGCGAUGUGGUUCCCUUGCCUUAUGGAGCCUUACAUUGGCAUAUCUCAAUACAUAUACGCGAGACCUAGUAGUACAAACCUAUAGUCCGCAGCACGAAGGAGAGUCCCUGUGUUUCUGCGACCCGGCUUCUCCUACCAGGAAAACGUGCUGUCCAUGGCAAAGAGCCAAAGAAUCGAGACGGGUUAUUAAGAAUCCCGGACUCUGGGAUGCUUUGCCCUCUGGGAUCAUAGUCGGAGUUAGGAGGAAAAAUGGAGAGAAAUCUCGAUCAGACGGUCAUCUUGACCGUCAGCCCCUUCAACAGCUCAGCGGCCUCCGACGCCGUCACCACACCGUUAAACCUGCAAACGGCCAUAUUUCCCAAGACAACUGGGAAGUAUGGAUGUUUUCCCAUUUUGGAAAACAGGAGACAUGGGAGGCUCUUCCACUAUGUUCAAAGGUCGAAGAUGACGGUCAUCUAUUCGUCACGAAUCUUGGGCCAAUGGUUCGAGUUGGUCGUUCUUGCUUAGCUAUAGGGCUCAGCAACGUUAUCAAGGUCAUCAUGGUCGGCAAUGAGCGGUUCGAGACAGGGGAUGAUUCUCAACCCGGGGACGGGAUGCCUGCACUAGGAAGUCGGAGGCGUAAGGGACCUUCCACUCUUCGCGGCAAACCCACUAUCUCUUGCGCUCACUGCUGAAGCAUAUAAAGUGUCGACUAAUAUUUAUAAUUUCAAUUCUUAAAAAAAUAUCAUUACUUUAAAUAUCAUUACUUUACGAUUGGCGACACGGAUUACUAGGUUCGGACGAGGCAUG